AGUCAUGUGUUGCUAAUUAAAUACUCAAUAACUUCUUGGCAAAUUUUGAAAUAUAUCUAUCAUGUCUAAAAGUACAGACAUGGGUGAUCUUUUAUUUGUUUUACGUUCCAAGUAUUAUCGACUGUAAUUUAACAGAAAAUCUCAGAAGGUUUGGAGAGACACGACCAGCGACUGCGAUCUCUCCACGUAAAUCUCGCCAGACUCAGGGCCAGCAGACAGACUCGGAGGACGGCGAGACAGACAGCAUCCGAUCACUUCCUGUCACAGGGCUAGAAUUUUCACACCUCGACGAACGCGAGAAAGUACUCAGUAACGCGAAGGAUGUCCAGGAGACCUUGGAGACCCAGCGUGAAGAGAUUUCGGCGCUCCGCUCUCGUAUGUUAGAGGAGUACGAACAACUUCUCAAGGUCCGAGCAGAAGUCAUGGCGACCCAGACACAGGAAGUGGAGAAACUCCAGAGAGAGAUGGAACAACUCCACCAGAGUUACGCGGAGCAGAUCAAAGUGUUCCAAACUAAAGUGGAGGAACAGUCAGAAGAAGCCAUGCAGACCAGACUAAAGGAAGAGCAUGAAAAAGAAAUCCAGGAUUUGAAAGAUCAUUAUGAAUCUCAAAUAAAAGAACUACGCAGUCAGCUAGAAGCUACAACACAGGAAGUGACAUCACUGAGACAGGAAGUGACAUCAUCAAGUGAUGAACAGAAUCAAGAAAGCAGUGAACAGAGUGAAGCAAAGGUAACAGUAGACAGUGACAGCAGGAUCCAGGAAUUAGAAAAAAUACUGGAGGAAAAAUCCAAUGAAAUUGCUGAACUUCAGGAGAAACUAGAAUUAGAGUCUCAACUAAAUAUAGAACUCAGGGAGAAAAUGACCUUGACAGAAAGCAAGGUCACAGAGAUGGAGCAAAUGAUGCGUGAAAAACAGUGCCAUAUUGAAGAAAUGAACAAUAAAUUAAAGGAAAAAGAAGCCAUAUUGAAGAUUCUGGAGAGAGAGAAGGAAGAAGUGGAGGAGAAAUGUAGGAGAGACCUCGCGGAGUUUGAAGAGUCCAGCGAGAGAACGACGGGGGAGAUCAGUGAUAAACUGCUGAAACUUCAACAAGAGCUGGACGCAUCACUGGAGCAAGAGAGAGUGUUAGAGGAGCAGUAUGACGAACUACAGCAUCAGCAUAGAGAGCAGAGAGAGGCAUUAAGACAGGACUUGGAGCAUGAACACCGAGCUGAGAUCAUGGACGUGCAGUCAGAGUUCAAAGUUCAACUUGAGAUCGAGCUGAAGAGACAGGCGGCGGACAUGACGUACGAUUUCGGCGAAAAAAUCAGAAAGAUGGAGGAAGAUCAAAAGAAAGAACUGGAAGAGUUAAAGAAGAAGAUAGAGCAGCUGGAAGAAAUGGUAGGUCAGGGAAAAGCCAUAGAAGUGAAAUAUAAGGGGAGUCAUAGUAUGGCUAAUCAAUCUGUCAAGGAGCUACUGUGGGAAGUUUCAUAA